GGACUUGCAAACCGGGCUCUGUCUCAGCGUUCGUUCCCCUAGCGGAGGCAGGAUCAGCUGGUCUACGCUUCCCUGACGUGGGCUGGGGCACGUCACUGCUGCAUGGCUGCCUCCUCCGGAAAGCCGGCCGGGGCAAGUGGAGAGAUUGAUAUCCGAAGGAGGAAUUUUUCCUGAUUCAGGGAAGACUUUCUCCAGCUCAAACUGGUGCUGACACUGACUAAAGUUUGCCUUGCUUAUUGUGGUCAAAGUCUGCCAAGUCUGCCAUUUCUCUUUCCCGGGCAAAAGUCUUCAGACCUUUCUGCAGAGAGGAGUAAGGGCAGCUGAAUCUAAGGCAGAGGGACUGGUAUCCAAGGAAAAUCAGGUGAGGAAUCUGAGACAAGGAGGGGUUAACUUGCCCAGAGUCAUACAGCUAACGACAGCAUGGUUCCAAAGGUGACUUCUGAAUUGCUGUGGCAGUUGAGACAGGCCAUGAAGAACACUGAGUAUGUGACUGAACCGAUCCAAGCUUACAUAAUCCCGUCGGGUGAUGCUCACCAGAGUGAGUAUAUUGCCCCCUGUGACUGCAGGCGUGCUUUUGUGUCCGGAUUUGAUGGCUCAGCUGGUACAGCCAUCAUCACAGAGCAGCAUGCAGCCAUGUGGACUGAUGGACGCUACUUUCUCCAAGCUGCCAAACAGAUGGACAACAAUUGGACCCUCAUGAAGAUGGGUCUGAAGGACACACCAACUCAGGAGGACUGGUUGGUGAGUGUACUUCCUGAAGGAUCCAGGGUUGGUGUGGAUCCUUUGAUCAUUCCAUCAGAUCAAUGGAAAAAGAUGGCUAAGGUCCUGAGAGGUUCAGGUCACCAUCUUGUCCCUGUCAAAGAGAAUCUUGUUGACAAGAUCUGGACGGAUCGUCCUCAGCGCCCUUGCAAACCUCUCCUAACCCUGGGCCUGGAUUAUACAGGUAUAGCCUGGAAGGACAAGGUUGCUGACCUGCGAGUGAAAAUGGCGGAGAGAAAAGUAGUGUGGUUUGUGGUCACUGCCCUGGAUGAGAUUGCAUGGCUGUUCAAUCUCCGGGGAUCAGAUGUGGAGCACAACCCAGUAUUUUUUUCCUAUGCGAUCAUAGGAACAGACACAAUCAGGCUCUUUAUUGACGGAGACCGGACCAAAGCACCUGAUGUGAAAGAGCAUCUACUGUUCAACUCCAGCCUGGCAGAUGAGUUUAAAGUCCAGGUGGUUCCUUACAAAUCCAUUCUGACUGAGCUCAAGGCCAUCUGCACUGGCCUCUCCCCAAAGGACAAGGUGUGGAUCAGUGACAAAGCCAGCUAUGCUGUGAGUGAGGCCAUUCCCAAGGAACACCGCUGCUGCAUGCCGUAUACCCCAAUAUGCAUCUCAAAGGCUGUGAAGAAUUCCACAGAGUCAGAAGGCAUGAGGAGAGCCCAUAUUAAAGAUGCCGUUGCCCUCUGUGAGCUCUUUAACUGGCUGGAGAAAGAGGUUCCCAAAGGCACUGUGACAGAGAUCUCAGCAGCAGACAAGGCAGAGGAAUUUCGUAGGCAGCAGGCUGACUUUGUGGACCUCAGCUUUCCAACCAUUUCCAGUACUGGACCCAAUGGCGCCAUCAUUCACUACUCGCCAGUCCCAGAGACGAAUAGAACGUUAUCCCUGAAUGAAGUAUACCUUAUAGACUCAGGAGCCCAGUACAAGGAUGGAACAACGGAUGUGACACGGACUAUGCACUUUGGGACCCCAUCAGCGUAUGAAAAGGAAUGCUUCACAUACGUCCUCAAGGGUCACAUAGCUGUGAGUGCUGCCAUUUUCCCAACUGGAACCAAAGGCCACCUCCUUGAUUCCUUUGCUCGUUCUGCCUUAUGGGACUCUGGCCUAGAUUACCUGCAUGGAACAGGCCAUGGUGUGGGUUCCUUCCUGAAUGUUCAUGAGGGUCCUUGUGGCAUCAGUUACAAAACUUUCUCUGAUGAGCCGCUAGAGGCUGGUAUGAUCGUUACCGAUGAACCUGGAUAUUAUGAAGAUGGAUCAUUUGGAAUCCGGAUUGAGAAUGUUGUACUAGUGGUUUCAACAAAGACCAAGUAUAACUUCAAUAACCGGGGAAGCUUGACCUUCGAUCCUCUGACAUUGGUUCCGAUACAAACCAAAAUGAUAGAUGUGGAUUUGCUGACACAAAAAGAGUGUGACUGGCUCAACAAUUAUCAUAAAACCUGCAGGGAAGUGAUUGGGAAGGAACUGCAGAAGCAGGGGCGACAGGAAGCCCUGGAGUGGCUCAUCAGAGAAACAAACCCGAUUUCCUUACGGCACUAAUGCCACUUGAUUUCUUUUUUUUAAUUUGCUUUUGGGAAUGAAGUAAAUAUGGCACAUUCCUGACACCUUUCGACUUCCCCUUUCCUCCCCAUGCUCCCUUUUCUCCGACUCCAGGAAGAACUGAAAAUCUUCUUUGAUAGCUCCUUGUUUUUUUUUUUUUUUGAAAGAAAUUGUCGAGAAUAAACCAAGAGUAAAACUGCUGCACCGUGAGUACAGGUGCCUCAAAACCAAACACACGGUCAGGGUUGCCCGCAGGAAGCUCCUGCACGCUGGCCGGUCACCGUGAAACAAUCACUGCUCUUUGACAGGAUCCGGUUCCAGGUUCCAGGUGCUAGCAUGUUUUUCAUGAUAACUGCAAUGCUCAUGAAGAUAUAUUUAUGAUCAAUGAAUAAAAAAUAGCAAAACUGUGA